UUUUUUAUUUCAAAAAUGUUCAACUUGAAUAAAUCAUUGGCAAAAUUAAAAUCAUUUUUAGAAGAAAAUGAUUUGAAUAAGAAAAAAUCGAAAAUUGAUAACUCAUUCAAAAUACAACCUGACCAUGAGACGAUCCACAAGAAGAUUAAAAAUAAACAAACAAUAAAUGGCCAAGUUGGCGACAAUGGACAAGAACGACGUGGUGUUGUAAUGAUUAAAAAUUUUCCUCAUGGCUUUUACGAACAACAAAUGUAUGAAUAUUUUUCACAGUUUGGUGAAGUAACACGAUUGAAAAUUAUCCGAAGCCGUAAGACUGGUAAACCAAAAAAUUAUGGUUUCAUAGAAUUUAGAUUUGAAGAUGUGGCUGAAAUUGCUGCAAAAACUAUGGACAAUUAUCUUAUGUUUGAUCGAAUUGUUAAAUGUCAAAUAUUACCACCGGAAAUAAAGACAAACAUCUUUAGAAAUUGGAAUCGGCCAUUUGUUAGCAGUGUGGAAAAACAUCGAUUAGCACAUAAUCAACCGAAAACUGCAAAACAAGAACUUCGCAUGGUACAACGACAUUUACAACAGAUCCGAAAAAUGAACACAUUUUUGGCCGAAAAUGGUAUCGAAUUCGAAUGUGUAAUCAUCAAUAGACCUACCGAUUUGAAAGCUAUUAAAAAUGAUGAUGAUAAUGGCAAGAUUCAAUCACCAGAAAUAUUAACAAAAAAAUUGAUACAUUCAAAAAAAGCAGCAAAUUCGACAGAUACGAUGCCCAUCGAAGUGAUUCAUAUGAUAAGACCAAAAAAACGUCUUUCAUCAUCAUCAACAACAACAUUAUUAAAACGUAAACGAUUGAUGAAUGCUAAAUUAAUGAAAAUGAAAGCAAGUUUUAGCGUUCAAAAAAAUGUGUAAUGAUUUCAAUUUAAAUAUUAUUUUUGG